UGCGAGACCCCAGGGGUGAGGACUUUGUGCAAUCUGAGGAGACUGCUGGACAAAAUUCAGAGUGGCUACAGGGAUGACAUCUACCCCUACACCUCGGGGCAUCUCAAUCCCAACAAGCUCUACAGGCCUCCCGAGACGAUCUUGUACCACUGGUCCAGUGCCCAUAGGCCAAAGCCGCCAGACGUCCUCGAUGUGAGAAGGCGGCCCCCGGAGAAGACUGCGCGGCAGAUGAAAGAGGCUCUGGUCCACUUCACCAUCAACACAGCUCUGCUUCCAGAUGGCACCCAGGGUCUGCCGCCCCUCAGCUAUCAGGCAGAUGAUUCCCACCCUUCAGAAGAGGAUUUCAUUAAGAGAAAGCUUCCAAAAGAAGAGAAAGAGGGGCUGAGGGAGGGCUCCCCUGAUCACAGGAAGAGGGAGGAGCUCAGAGUGCCCGACCUGCAGGUGCUCAGGUACAAGGCAGCCGGCUCCAGCCGCGAGUGUGCCUUGUCACCCCCAGGCAGGGACCAGUACCACUAUGUCAGCUCCUACUUAGCUGGGAUAACAAAAGCGGACGGCUACAAGAAGUUCUUGAGUUUCCAAAAGGAAGUUCUUGCCAAGCACCAUCUCCUGAGGAAUGACUUCAAGGGGAACAAAGCAGCUGAGCACCACGAGAGGAAGCUGCACCAGGAGCUGCAGAGGGUCUGCACAUGCGACCCACAGGAGUACAACAGACUGCAGGUCUUUGGAGAUGUCUUUGAGGAUAUCUGCAACAGUUCUUUGAUAUUUGGUGAUCUCCUGAGGGAAGUUAAGGAUGAAUAUGAGCUCUACAUGGCCAUUCUUCUGGACUCCCGCCCCACGGAAGAGUAUAAGACUCUUCUGGCUGAAGCUGAAGGCCUGGGGAACAGGACCACGAAGUCGGAGGAUGUGGAGCAGGUGCAGGAAGAGCUGCAGACUCUCGUGAGAGCCACCAAAGCAGCUCUGGAGCGGAAUGACAACCUCAGAGAUGAGUUGGAAGCCGAGCUGGAGCUGCUGAGGACAGCUAAGGAGAAAUCAGAAUCAUCUGGGAAAGACGCAAAUGUUGAGGACCACCUUACUCUUAUUGAGAAGGUUAAAAAGAAGAGGUGUGAAAUACUCGACAAGUGGGAUGAAAUACAAGCUCUUGAAAAAGAAAUUAAAACAACUUUGGUUCAUAGAGCAAUUUCUGAUAUCACUGAGAACAGGAUUAAAAGCAUAGAGAAUGAAGCUGUGAAAUUUGAAACAGCAAAUAGAAUUUUAAUGAAGAAACUAACAGUUAUUGAAAACCAUGUGAAUUAUGUCGUGAAAAAAACCAAUAGGUAG